CAAAACGCACCGCAGCUCGUGCUUAUAAAACAAAUUGUUUUAAUUAUUUCUUAUUUUUAUUGAUCAAAGUUUAAAAUCGCGCACUAAUAUAAUAUGAGAAGAUGUUUGUCAACGAAGUGAAUGAUGUGAAAAUAUACAACCUAAGCGCUGGCAAAUCUGUGCCAGAAUGGCUUACAGAUCGCCGCAAGCGUUCCCAGUUAAUGAAGAAGGUCGAUUCACGUCGACAAAUUGAGCUUAUACAGGAUUUUGAUAUGCCAGGUGUUUGUACAUCGAUACGCAUGAGCCCCGAUCAACAGUAUAUAUUAGCUACAGGCACCUAUAAGCCACGAGUUAAGUGCUUUGAAGUCAGUAACUUGUCUAUUAAGUUUGAGCGUUGCUUUGAUUCGGAGGUGACAACAUUUGAGGCCAUCAGUGAUGAUUACAGUAAAUUAGUUUUUUUACAAUGUGAUCGGUUUGUUGAAAUUCAUUCUGCCUCCGGCCGACACUACCGUUUGCGUAUACCACGCUUUGGACGUGAUAUGAAGUACCAUAAACCAUCUUGUGAUCUCUUCGUUGUGGGAACAACGCGUGACAUUUAUCGUUUGAACUUAGAGCGUGGGCAAUUUUUGCAACCAUUUGAAACGGAUGCAAGUUGUAACAAUGCUUGCGAUAUUAAUCCCGAACAUCAAUUACUUAUUGUUGGUAGUAAAGAGGGCACGGUAGAAGCAUGGGAUCCACGUAGCAAAACACGUGUGGGCACUUUGGACGUAGCGAUAAAAUUGCCAGGCACGAAAACGUUUCCCUCCGUAUCCGCUUUGAAAUUUAAGAAUGGAUUGCAAAUGGGCGUAGGCACAGCUUCGGGACAUGUUUUACUCUAUGAUAUACGUGCACAAGCACCAUUGCUGGUUAAAGAUCAUUUAAAUAAAGUACCGGUAAAACGUAUAGCUUUCAAUCCGAGUCAUCAAACAGUAUAUUCGCUGGAUGAUGCCAUGCUAAAGUUAUGGGAUGAAAAUACGGGCAAACAAGUGGCAUAUAUUGAAUCCGCUACCACUUUUAAUGAUUUCUGUACCAUACCCGAGACAGGAAUGGUAUUCCUUGCUCAAGAAGAUGUCAAAAUGCUAACCUAUUAUGUGCCGUCAAUGGGUCCAGCUCCGCGUUGGUGUUCAUUCUUAGAUAACCUCACCGAGGAAAUAGAAUCUGAAGUGGUGGAGAAUAUGUAUGACGACUACCAGUUUAUAACACAAAAGGAAUUGGAAGAACUAGGCUUGGAACACUUAAUUGGAAGCAAUCUCCUGAAAGGCUACAUGCAUGGUUACUUUAUCGAUGCUCGUUUGUACAAUAAGGCUAAAGCGGUGGCUGAUCCAUUUGCUUUCGAACGCUUCCGCAAAGAGAAGAUACGCAAAGAAAUCGAAAGUGAACGUAAGUCACGCUUGCAGAUCAAAACGAAUCUACCAAAAGUCAAUCAAGAGUUGGCACUCAAGAUUAUGGACGAACAAACAAAUAAUACAAAAGCAGCCAAAACCACUAAUCUACUUGAGGAUACACGUUUCAAAGCAAUGUUCGAAAAUCCUGAAUUUGCUAUUAACAAAGGUGCUGAAGAAUACAAAUUACUGGCACCUGUUUUGAAUCGCCUGGAAAAAUCCAAAAUCAAGGAUAUUAAGAAACGUAUUGAAGUGGCGCGUGUUGCGGAGUUGCAUGCUGAAGAGGCGAAACCACAUGAGGAAAGUGACAACGAUGAAGAUCUGUUCGGCUUUGAGAAAAGCGAUGACGAUAACGAAAAAUCGCCUGACGAAGAAUCUUCAGAUGAAGAAGGUAUGCGUGAUUUUGCGAAGGAAAUGAAGAGAGCCUACAAAGAUGUUAGAAAACAACGUGAGGAAGAGGUCGAAGCAAUGGAAAACGAAGAAGAAGGCGAAGAACAUAGUGAAAAUGAGCAGAUGAUUAAAUCAGCUAACUCAAGUAAUUUGGAAAAGACUAAACAGCGCGGAGGUCAGGUCAAAAUGACCUCGUUAGAAGACAACAACCUGAAACUUAGCGAAAUGCGCUCUAAAAUAAUGAAAAUAAGUCUAAAAGAUCGUGUGAGAUUCAAUGAAGCCACCAGUGCGAACGUGACCACGAUUGGACGUAAUUUGGGCAACCGGCAGAUGACGUUCGAUUUAAAAAAGAAACCCACGAAAGAUGAGAAGAAGCGCGAAUAUUUAAUGAAAAAACAUCGGGAAGAAAGAAAAAAGGUUAUACGACCUAUAAAUGCGCUGAAACUUAAAAAAGUAAAUUUUAAGUAAUAACUACGAUGUAUGUACAUAUAUAUUAAUUGUUUACAU